UGUGCGACAUGCAUCCCAUGAGGGCGCUCUUCCUCAUCCCCAGGAAUCCUGCGCCGAGGCUCAAGUCCAAGAAGUGGUCCAAGAAGUUCCAGUCGUUCAUCGAGAGCUGCCUGGUGAAGAGCCACGGCCAGCGGCCGAGCACGGAGCAGCUGCUCAAGCACCCCUUCAUCCGGGACCUGCCCAACGAGCGGCAGGUCCGCAUCCAGCUCAAGGACCACAUCGACCGCACCAAGAAGAGGAGGGGGGAGAGGGAUGAGACGGAGUACGAGUACAGCGGCAGCGAGGAAGAGGACGAGGAGAGGGACAUAGGCGAGCCCAGCUCCAUCAUCAACAUCCCCGGGGAGUCCACGCUGAGGCGGGACUUCCUGCGCCUCCAGCUGGCCAACAAGGAGCGCUCGGAGCUGAUCCGCCGCCAGCAGCUGGAGCAGCAGCAGAACGAGGAGCACAAGCGGCAGCUGCUGGCCGAGCGGCAGAAGCGCAUCGAGGAGCAGAAGGAGCAGCGGCGCCGGCUGGAGGAGCAACAGCGGCGCGAGCGGGAGCUGAGGAAGCAGCAGGAGCGCGAGCAGCGGCGGCGGUACGAGGAGAUGGAGCAGCUGCGGCGGGAGGAGGAGAGGCGGCACGCCGAGAGAGAGCAGGAGUACAUCCGUAGGCAGCUGGAGGAGGAGCAGCGGCAGCUGGAGAUCCUGCAGCAGCAGCUCCUGCAGGAGCAGGCUUUACUGCUGGAGUACAAGCGGAAGCAGAUCGAGGAGCAGCGGCAGGCGGAGCGGCUGCAGAGGCAGCUGCAGCAGGAGCGGGCCUACCUGGUGUCACUGCAGCAGCAGCAGCAGGAGCCGCCGCGACCGCCGCCCGACAAGAAGCAGCUGUACCACUACAAGGACCAGGCGCCCAGCAGCAACGACAAGCCGGCCUGGGCCAAAGAGGUGAUGCGCCGGGCUCAGAGCAACUCCCCCCGCGUCCCGCCCAAGCGGUACCACUCCUUCAGGCAGCAGCGCCGCGGCGCCAACCUGGACAACCUGCUCCUGCUGCCCGGCUACAAGCCGUCCCGCUCCCGCCCCCCGUCCUACCCCGCGCACCUCAGCCCCGCCCGGGACCACCUGCACCUGCCCCGGAUCCGGGUCACCUGCGUGCCGGGGCCGGACGGCCGGAGCCCCCAGCGGAGCCCCCAGCGGAGCCCCCAGCGGAGCCCCCAGCGGAGCCCCCAGCGGAGCCCCGACUCCAGGGGCCGCAGCGCCGGCCGCCGGGUGGAUGAGAUGAACCGACAGGCCUCUCCUGCCUUUCAGCAUAAAGUCUCCAACCGGAUCUCGGACCCGUCGCUGCCGCCACGGUCCGAGUCCUUCAGCAGCGGAGGAAUCCAGCAGGCCCGGACGCCGCCCAUGCACCGGUCGGGCGAGCCGCAGGUUCCCCAGAGGACGACUUCCAUCUCUCCGGCGCUGGUCAGGAAGCACUCCCCCGGGAACGGGCCGGGCCUGGGCCCGCGGCCCGGCGCCCACCUCAUACGAGCCAGCAACCCGGACCUGCGGCGGGCCGAGGUCCUGACGGACACGCCGCUGAAGAGGACGAGCAGCGGCAGCUCGUCCAGCUCCAGCACGCCCAGCUCGCAGGGCGGCUCCGACGAGCGAGGUAAUUCAGCCCCCAAGGACGGCUCCACACUUUCGUCCCACGACGUCAGAGACGACGGCCGGGAGGUGACGCGGCCGAGCAGACCUGCAGAUCUAACGGCUCUGGCUAAAGAGCUGCGAGAGCUACGGCAGGGGGAGGAAACCAGCCGCCCGCCCGUCAAGGUGACGGACUACUCGUCAUCCAGCGAGGAAUCGCACAGCAGCGAGGACGAGGAUGGAGAGGGCGGAGCCAACGAUGGCUCGGUGGCCGUCAGUGACAUACCGCGGAUCAUGCCUCCUGCAAGUCAAAGUGCCAACGAGCCGUUCAGCAUGAUAGGAAGUCACAACGACGCCCACGGUGACCUGUACGGAGACAGAUCCCAGGACAGCACUCUGAGGAUGCGCGAGAGAUCUCGGGGACCGAGGCGGGGCUCUGCUGCCAGCAACGGUUUCCCUGGCAACUUUAGUCUGUUCCUUGGCAACACCAAUCUCCCAGAUUUGGUGCAGCAGAGCAGCUCCCCUCUGGCCCCCCCCGGGGACGCCGGGGCCCAAUACGGCAUGGGGAGCGGCGGCGGCUCCAAGUCGUCCUUCACGCCGUUCGUGGACCCGAGGGUGUACGGGACCUCCCCGACUGAAGACGACGAUCAGGACUCGGCUGAAGCUCUGUUCGCUGACGAGCUGCUGAAGCACGAGCAGGAGGAGGCGCGGCUGAACGAGGCCAGGAAAAUCUCCGUGGUGAACGUCAACCCCACCAACAUCCGGCCGCACAGCGACACGCCGGAGAUCCGGAAAUACAAGAAGCGCUUCAACUCGGAGAUCCUGUGUGCGGCGCUGUGGGGUGUGAACCUGCUGGUGGGGACGGAGAACGGACUGAUGCUGCUGGAUCGAAGCGGCCAAGGCAAAGUUUACAACCUGAUCAAUCGAAGACGCUUCCAACAGAUGGACGUCCUGGAAGGACUCAACGUCCUGGUCACCAUCUCUGGGAAGAAGAACAAGCUGCGUGUUUACUACCUGUCCUGGCUGAGGAACCGGAUAUUACACAACGAUCCGGAGGUGGAAAAGAAGCAGGGCUGGAUCACCGUGGGCGAGCUGGAGGGCUGCGUUCACUACAAAGUCGUGAAAUACGAGAGGAUCAAGUUCCUGGUCAUCGCUUUGAAGAACUCCGUUGAAAUAUACGCCUGGGCUCCGAAACCUUACCACAAGUUUAUGGCCUUCAAGUCCUUCGUGGAGCUGCAGCACCGCCCCCUGCUGGUGGACCUGACUGUGGAGGAGGGCCAGAGGUUAAAGGUCAUCUAUGGCUCCACUGUUGGCUUCCACGUCGUGGAUGUGGACUCGGGAAACCCCUACGACAUUUACAUCCCCUCCCACAUCCAGGGUCAGGUGACGCCCCACGCCAUCGUGGUGCUGCCCCGCACCGACGGCAUGGAGAUGCUGCUGUGCUACGAGGACGAGGGCGUCUACGUCAACACCUACGGACGCAUCACCAAGGACGUGGUGCUGCAGUGGGGCGAGAUGCCAACGUCCGUCGCGUACAUCCACUCCAACCAGAUCAUGGGCUGGGGGGAGAAGGCCAUCGAGAUCCGCUCGGUGGAGACGGGACACCUGGACGGAGUUUUCAUGCACAAGCGAGCUCAGAGACUCAAGUUCCUGACGGAGAGGAACGACAAGGUUUUCUUCGCCUCGGUUCGUUCUGGAGGCAGCAGUCAAGUCUUCUUCAUGACCCUCAAUAGAAGCUCCAUGAUGAACUGGUAACCUGGGCCCCCCUUCAACCCCGUCUGCACCCCGACCACCGGCCCCGCCUGGAGGGACGGAGGGACGUCUGUGUACAUGUAUGUGUGUGUGACCCGUGGAUGGAAACGACUGAGUGGACGCAGCUGUUGGGGGACAGCAGGGCCUGUAGAUGGUCCCACUGCAGGAAGACUCUCCGCCUCCUCGGAGGAUCCAUGCACUGGUUGAUCUGGGAGGUGGAAGGAGGUGGAAGGAGGUGGAAGGAGGUGGAAGGAGGUGGAAGGAGACUCCAGGUCGUCUUCGGACGGCCUGUAUGAGCCGGGCGCUGAAGAGGAGACAUUUCAAACAGGAUGAUCACGCUGCAAGCGUCCUGGCGGUGAAGCGGGUGUUCUGACUGCAGCAGCUUCUCUGUCGUUGUAGUCGGUAACCAUUUCUGAGGUUAUUAAAGUAGCAUUAGAUAAAACAAAACAAAAAACAAAAAAACAACACUUGAGGUUUUCGCUGAACAUUAAAUGCACAAGUGCUGGGACACGCCUCGCAGAGCCAGUUUUGCUUCGCUCAUCGCAGCUUGAUUAGAUAAGAUCUAAGUCAUUUUGAUGAUUUCUUUUGGUUUUUUGUCCCACAAAAGACGGCCCAGUUUUGAGAAGCGCCAGACACAGAGACCUCAACGCCGAGCGGCUGUGACCUGCGCCAGACGGAAGCUGACAAUCAUGAAAGAAAGACGGUAGCACCGCUCCCGUAUUUCAGUGCUGCAGCCACUGGCGGCUGGCGGGGAUAUCUGGACCCCCAACAAACCCUCCCCGCCUGUAAUGUCGCUGCUGUGACGACCACAACACUCACGCAGUGCAGUUCUGCUGCUGAAAUGAUCACUUAACGUUGCCCUUUUAGAGAAGCGGCAACCUUCUCUCAUGAGCUGGAUCUGGCUCCAAAAACGAGUCAGUCCUUAACAAGAUAAAAGGUGAGAUUCCACCACAAACAGGGCGUCUCCAGCAUGAAACCAGGUCUCAAGAGCAGUAACAGUUGGGGUCGCCCACUGAAGAUGCUCAUUGACGGAUCAGCGUAACUAACAACUGCAGUUCCUGAGCUCUUUCACGUUGCCGUUCAGGUCAAUCUGCUUCUUCGUCUUGUCAUUUUUACAAACUCUGAACAAGGAGCCUUAGAUGUUCAAAUUUGGGCAUCUGUUGUAAAUGUAUUUACGUAACAACAGUAACAAGUAGAUCUGGGUAAUAGAAGAGCUGUUUUGGUUGGAGGUUCCGUCAUCAAACACCCAAUUCCUGGUAUUUUAGGCGGUUUCUGGAUCUUUUUAACAUUAGCUGCUCGUUGUUCUCACCAGCUUUUUAUUCUGUCACUUUUGGCGGUAAAACCAGACCUUGCGAAGCAGGUGAGAUCACGGAGGGAACCAGCGACGCCUCGUUUCCACUUGCUUGUGAGCACUCGUGACACGUCCGGGGAGCCUGAUUUCUACCACCGCGCAUUAUUGCAUCUGCAUUAUUGUUGACGCCGCUCUGUAAUUCCAGCACCAGCCACUAGUGUAGGCUCUUUUCCUGCAGCGCGUCGCCUCCUAGAGCAAACUUUCCUUCUGUGGAGCUGAUGAAUAUUGAGCUCAUUUGUCUGGUGAACCAUAAGAAAACCAGGGAACAGAAUCAAAGUUAAUACAAGCUUUUAUUAUAUCAUGCACAAUGUUUUCCAGCCGGAGGUACAAUUUUCUGAAACCACAAGAAAGAAAUGCACACGUUGGUCAUCAAUCCAGUCAUAUUUAUACUGAAAAAGGGAGGUGUUUUGUACGUUAUAGGAGCCGAUAUUGAACCUUAUCUGGGAGGCCGACUGCAGUAAAAGAAACUUAAACAUGUCACACUUUCAGCCAUAUAUUUUCUGUUGUCUAUCUCUAAUCCGACCCAGCAAAGAUCUACGAAAACCAAAACCCAGAUAAAAACAGGAGGGGACCCAUCAAUCUGAAACAUUCGUUCCUCUUCACCGUCCUCACCUAAAGAAGAACUCAGCUAAUCAGUCUGGUCAUAAAAACAGGAGCUGGUUCUGCGCUGAGAGCAACAAUUAGACAUUUUACAAUUGUACAUUGUGUACAAUCUUAUAGAAAAAAACCCUCAUACUUUUAACAGUUUCAUAAAAUCCUAAAACAACAAGCUAUCAUUUCACCCGCGUUUAUAAAGACGAAGAAGAAAUGCAGAAGUGUAAAUCAGGCUUUAGUCCAUACGCUGCUCCGUAGUUUCUGAUGUGCAAAACUUCUCCCUCUGGUGUUUUUAAGGAUGUGAUUUGAUUUUUAAAAUGUUUAACUCAUUUGGUUGAUUUUGGAAAGAAAGUUUAGCAUUAGCAUCCAGCUGCGGGACCAAAACUAUAUUCUUGACCAGUAAGUUUGUUUCUGCUGCAAUUGUAGACAUUUCAACACGGAGGCCAAAGGAGACUCGUCUUUGGAGCCAGCCCCCAGUGGUCAGUCAAGGAAAUGCAACCUCCUUUACUUCCGGGUUAGACUCAGCAGCCCAACCUUUUUAUCUCCGUUUUUGGUCCAAAUCUGCUGUUCCUUUCACAUCGGAGGCUUUUCAAGCAACAAUAUAACAGGAAUUUGAGUUUGGUGAAUACGUUUGCUCUGAUUCGUUGCUGUUUAUUAAGUUGUGCAGUUUGUAUGGGGACUUUUCUUUUAUUCUGUUUUCACUUGAUAUUAUUACGUUGUCGGGUUUGACUCUAGAAACUGGAGGGUGAGAAACAUUUUCUUACACAACACUGAACAGCAUCUCAUCAUCUGGGCUUUUACCCGUCAAUAGUCGAGACGAUACACUGGACGACUGUACAGUCGACCUCAACGAUAUCUUGGGGAUGAAAAGACGGAGCGUCACCUGUUUUUGGGUGGAUGGACUCUGAAGACUGUACAUGCUGGGAUGUUUGGGUUCAUCUUGUCAUCUUUUUUUGUCGUUCAUGGAUCCUUAAAAAGUGAUACAUGCGAGUCGGGGCUCCAAGUCCGAGUCCUCGUACGUCAGGAUCUGAACCAACAGCCUGUGAAUAAAGUCAGCAGGAACGGGCCGUCGGAGAAAUCAUAGAUUAAAAUGAAUAUGUGUAUACAUACAUGUGUGUGUGUUUAUAUACAUAUAUACACACACAUGUAUAUAUAUGUACGCUGUAAUAAUUUUCAUUGAUGAUAUACUGAUCAUUUUAGAGAAGGGCAGAAGAAAAUAUUGUUCCCUUAUUAAAGCUUAGUUGUCUUUCUACAGAAUAGAGAACAUAGCUAAACUGUAAGAAUUUCUUAAAAAAAGAAUAAUUACAAUGUUUUUAUUGUGGUAUUAUUUGUAUUUGUAUCAAUUUUUGUACGUAUCGAGACUGUGAACGUAUGUUGGACCGUGGGCCUGUGUGUGUCUGGGGGAGCAGGUGAGUGCACAGGUGUGUGACUUGCAUGUGAGUGGAUGAAUUCACUUUGUCUGAAUCACUGAAAUCUGAAAGACACGACCUCAGAUAACACACAUCUGUGAUGUUGGGAAUUCUUCAAUAAAUGUCCUCUCCUUGUACAGCAA